AUGUCAGACCUCAGUGAUGAGUAUCUACAUGACGAUGAUGUCGAGGACACCAUGGACGAGGACUCCACUUAUGGCUAUGACGAUGCCAUCGACUCGGAAGAAGAGGAGGAGGAUCUUGGUUUUGGUGUAGCAGACGACGCCUUUGCCGCUCCCGAUUCUGCAGCCGAACGCUUCAAGAGCUACGAGGUCGAGUACAAGUCUCACACCGUCGAAUCGAUCGAGGAGGCACAGCAGAAGGAGGUGGAGCAGAUCGCAAGCAUGUUCAUGGUCAAGGACACAGAUGCCGCCAUCCUUCUUCGCCACUUUAGCUGGAACAAGGAGCGCCUCAUCGAACGCUACAUGGACUCUCCAGAAAAAGUGAUCCUCGAAGCAGGUGUUCACGAAGAUCCAUCACGACCCAAGCUUCAGGAGCUUGACAAUUUCACAUGCGAGGUCUGCUUCAUGUGUUCUGAUGAUAUGCCGAACGGCAAGAUGGAGACGUUGGCGCUCGCCUGUGGCCACCGUUACUGUCGUGAUUGCUACCAGCAAUACCUCGAGCAAAAGAUCAAAUCCGAAGGCGAAUCGCGGCGGGUCCAAUGCAUGCGUGAAAAAUGCAACCUGGUCGUGGACGAGGGCACUGUAGGAUUGGUCGUCGAACCAACAGUGUUUGAGCGCUACAAGAUUCUGCUAAACCGCACCUACGUUGACGACAGCAACAUCCUGCGCUGGUGUCCCGCUCCCAACUGCGAGCUUGCCGUUGAAUGCCACGUCUCGAGCAAGAUGCUCAACAAGGUAGUGCCCUCUGUUGCUUGCGACUGCGGCCAUCCUUUCUGUUUUGGCUGCGGCAAUGCUGCUCAUGCGCCUGCCAUCUGUCCCAUUGCCAAGAUGUGGCUCAAGAAGUGCGAAGACGACAGCGAGACAGCCAAUUGGAUCUCGGCCAACACCAAGGAAUGCCCAAAAUGCACUUCGACCAUCGAGAAGAACGGCGGGUGCAACCACAUGACCUGUCGCAAGUGCAAGUACGAAUGGUGUUGGAUCUGUGCUGGACCCUGGAGCGAGCACGGCAAUUCGUGGUACAACUGCAACCGCUUUGACGAAAAGAGUGGUGCAGAAGCGCGCGAUUCGCAGGCUAAAUCAAGAGCGUCGCUGGAGCGAUAUUUGCACUAUUUCAAUCGUUUUGCCAAUCAUGAACAAUCCGCCAAACUCGACCGUGACCUGUACGGUCGCACGGAGAAGAAGAUGGAGGAGAUGCAGGUGACAUCGGGGCUCACUUGGAUCGAAGUACAAUUCCUCAAGAAGGCUGUCGACACGCUGACCGAGUGCCGCAUGACGCUCAAGUGGACCUACUGUAUGGCCUACUAUCUCGCGCGGGACAACAUGACCGAGCUGUUCGAGGACAACCAACGUGACCUAGAAAAGGCGGUUGAGGAUCUGUCAGAGCAGCUCGAGAAACCGAUCGAGCCCAGGACGAUCCCGGAACUGCGGCAAAAAGUGACGGACUUGACCGUGUAUGUGCAGAAGCGACGCGGUAUUCUGCUCUCGGACACCGCCGAGGGCUUCCAAGAGGGCAGGUGGCACUGGAACGUUACCAUAUGA